CUCAGCUAUAACUUGAUUGGCAGCAUCAUGAAGAGUACGAAUCUGAAUCUUGUUCAUUUCAUAUCAGUAUUGUUUUUGUCAUCUCUAUUAUUUUCGACGGUAUCAGCAUUAACAGACGAGACAAAUUCAACAGUAACAGGCCACACAAAUUCAAAAGAUGUGAAGGGGAUACAGGUUCUACUAUAGAUACUUAUCCUAUGCUUGAGUAUUUAGCAACGGAUGAUGAAAAUGAAUCUGAUGAUCCAUGUCUUCCCAUUAUAAAGUAUUCAUGGACUAACUGUACCUCCGAUGACACUCCUCGAAUAACAGCAUUAAAUCUUGGACUUUCUGGAGCAAUGUCUAAUGCAGAUCUCCCAGAUUUUAGUGUCAUGGAUGCACUUGAAAUCAUAGACUUGAGCGAUAACUUUUUGAGCCAUGAAUUUCCAGAUUUUCUUGCGGACUUCCCUAAACUAAAAGUGCUGAAUUUGGCGAAUAAUUAUCUCACUGGAACAGUGCCUACUUCGUUAAGGAAAAAAUCGAAAGAAAAAACGUUAAAUUUGACGUUGACAGGAGAGCUAAUGACUGAGUUGUGUUAUUCUGAUCAAGACGUAUGCCCAACAGCACCUGGGACAAAAACUUCACCAGGAACGGAUGAGAAAACAGAAACUUCAUCAGAAACAGAUGAGGAAACAUCCACCACUGGUAAAAAGAGAACAACACCAAUCGUGCUCGGAAUUUUAAUUCCAAUUUUUCUUAUUUUCUGGGCUGUUGUUGGAUUUCUUGCUAUCAAACAUCAAAAGAGAAAGGCUGCUGCAAUCGCAGGGCAAAUGAAUGGGUGUUAGAAUACGGGCAUCCAACUCAAAACCAAUUGGCAA